UGACCAAGCGUCUCGAGACCAUCACCAUGUUUCUCUUUGUAGCAAUUAUCGCGAUCAUUUUGUUCAUUAUUUUUGUUUUAGAUUGUGAUUUUAUUCUUAAAUUCAAGGAGAAGUUCGGUGCAAAGCCGGAGGAAAAACUUCGCGGCAAAGUGGUUUGGAUAACUGGAGCUUCAAGUGGAAUUGGAGAACACUUAGCCUAUGAACUUGCAAAAUGUGGCUGUAAAUUAGUGCUGUCUGCAAGAAGAAAAGAAGAAUUAGAAAGAGUGAAAGGAGGAUGUGUUGGUGAGCUACUAACUCCUUCUUCCUUCUUUUUGAGGUUGAAUAUCAUAAAUCGCAAUACGCGCGCGGACCAGCUCGAUGUAACAGAAAAUCCUUCAAUAAGAACGACCGAGACCAAUUGCAAGUUUUAUGAGCCCGCGAGACUGAGACCCCCAACUCCACCCCCCCCCCCCCCCCCCCCCCCAACCCUUGUUUUCACUAAAACUGCUCGGCACCACAACCUGGUUGAGGUCGUUGUUGUCAAGGGUCUUGCAUUGUAACACGUAAUUGCAUGAGGUGUGGGAUAGGGGGCAUUGCCAUCAUUGCCAUCGAGUACCAGUUCAGUUUCCUCCCAUUUUAUUUUCGUGUUUGUGCUUUCCCAAUUCAGCUGACCCGAUUAUUUCGGAACCUAGAACAGGCUAUGUCACAUAAGGCCGUAGCUCCAAUUUUUAUGUUGGGCAUGAAAAAUUGGGUUUAAAUAGACGUGGAUUAACAUUACAUUGAAUUGAUUAUCAAUCUGAAAGCAUUAGACUCAUGCCUAUAGGUAUGAGAGUUUGCAGGUUUGAAUAGUAAAAUACAUAUCCAAUUCAAGACCCUCUUUCCAGAGAGCACAAAACCUUUUCCUAGUUCAGACCCAAGUGGCUAAAAUUUACACCCAGUUACAGACCAUAAGGCUCAAAAUCCAUAACCCUUAGCACUCCACUCACUUACAGUAUAUAGCUUAUAGAGAAGUACCCCCCAGUCUGAUGAGCUUGUCACUGCAAGAACUGUUAAUGAAAGGCCUGGACUUCACUAUAUGUAUGAUAAGAAUUUAAUUGAGUGGUGUUAGAAUCAGACAUACCUGGCCACUUAUCCUCAGUGCUUUUAUCUAAAUGUCUUGAAAAAGAGGAAUAUAUAAUGAAAACAAAAGGGGUCAGGGGUGGGAUUGCAAAAGAGAUUAAGUGUAAAGAUUUUGGGUUGGCUUCUUGGCUUCUUUGAUAACAUUGCUGUCAUUAUCUACUUGCAUCUCCUUUUUUUCAUUAGCCCUUGCCAGAGACCGAUCACUUGUUACGGAUGUGUUGGUUCUUCCCUUGGAUAUCACAGAGUAUAACAAACACAAGGAUCAUGCUCAGACUGUUAUGAAUCAUUUUAACAGGGUUGGUAUAUAAACAAUAUACAUGUACUUUGUAUGCAAGGAUGAAAUGUGUUGAAAGGGCUGGCAGAUUCAGGGAAAAGUCUGGGAAUAAACAUUUCAUUUUUCUAAAUAACUGAGCUAGCAGUUUAGUAAGGUCCCAUUCAUGUUAAUAGGAAGGAAUAAUUAGAAAAUGCUACAUAAUCACUCUCUAACAAAAAAAACCCACAUCACUCUGGACAAAUUCAGUAUGUAUCUUAUGUUUCUCAAGUUUUGCCAAAUUUAAAAAUUAGAUUAAAAAUGUUUUUGAACAGUUUAAAAAGGGUGGCUUAAAAUAACAGUGAUUUUGUCACAUUGAACUUUGAAUGGUGAAAAUUGUAACCUCACAGCUGUACUAACUUUAAUAUAUCAUUUUUGCUUAGCUUUUAAAAAUUUCUCUUGUUUAACUACCACUGUCUCUGAAGGUGCCCUGGGUGAGACAUUUCUUCAUUAUUCCAGCACUGUGAUAGCCUGCACCAAAGACAAAACUAAACUUUUGGUUAAGUCCCUGUUCUAGGCCUCCCCUGUGUACCAGUAUUUGAGUACGGGCCAUUGUUGAUUUGCCCAUCAGGUUAAAUGGACAUUUGAAACUCAUUUCUGGUAAUGAUCGCUGAAUCCAUUGGGGGCCCAGAACAUGGAUCUCGGUGCUGCUUUGCAGAUGUUAUUGACUGAGGUUAUUACAUCUAUAGUGCAGGCUAGUACAGCGAGCGCUAUAAUCAAACUCUGCAAUAAUUGAUUAAUUCAUUAACUUCACAAGUUUGUACUCAAUAAUACCACAUUUUUUUAUUCUGCCUUUUUGUUUAGGUUGAUAUUUUGGUAAAUAAUAGUGGUAGAUCACAGCGAGGCUUAGUUCUUGACACCCCAAGUGUUGAUGUUGACCAAGCCAUGUUGGAUAUUAACGUCAUUGGGCCAGUAUCUUUGACCAAGGCAGUUUUACCCCACAUGAUCAAACAGAAAUCAGGACAGAUUAUUGUUACAAGUAGUGUCGCUGGCAAAAUUGGUGAGUAGUAAUAAUAGUAAUAAUAAUGAUAAUAAUAAUAAUAGUAAUAAUAAUGAUAAUAAUAAUGGUAAUAAUAAUUUUUUCUCCCAGCUACAAAAACAAAAUUUUUUGUACGUAUUGAAGUACAAAUGAACUGAUGCAAUUCUCAGAGAGAUAUAGUUAGCUCUGGUUAGCUGUGAAGGUGAAAAAAUCAACAAUGUCAGGUGAGCGUGCAAAGAAAGUAGUAUCCGAUAGCCCGAGGCUGGUGGACUUUGCUAUUGGGCUGGUGAAUUCUGUUCUUAAACUUGCCCAAUGGGCAAAUGAAUUUUUUUGACGAAUUCAAAGUACAGAAGAUUUGUGAAAUCAAGUCUGCCCAUAAAAAAGUUACUGGGCUAGUUGAAAUAACUUUUGGGCUAGUAUAGGCUAGCUUCAGCUGGCCAGAAUGGCAAGCUGUAAAAAUGACUUUCUUUGCAUCCUGGAUGUGUUGAAUAAUGGCUUCAUUGUAUAUAUGUUAAGUAUGUGAAUUUCUUUAUUGUAGGAUCUCCUGGUCAAGCCACUUACAGUGCAACUAAAUUUGCAAUUCAGGUUUGUUGCCUCAAGACCUUCCCUCAUAAUUAUUUGGUCAUUUAGUUGUGCACAUUUAGGAGCAUGAAAGCAUUUUAUAUCACUAAGUUUGAUAGCUAUACUGAAUUAAUGCGUGAUAACAUUCUUUUACUCACAUCAACUACCAGUUGUUUGCAAAUGAUUAUACUACUUUCAAUACUGAGCCGCUUUGUAGGGUGGCGGAGUGAAGUUGAGUGCAUAACAUUAAUUUACACUGGUCCCUAAUGGGACACUGGUCCACUGAUCCCUUGGGAUGCAGAUAACUUAGGCCCAGUUCAACCAUUGAUCUUUUCAUGUACUGAGAUAGAUAGAUAAAUCGUUUAUUAAAAAAAGAAACACCUCGCAGUCCGAAGACUGAAUUACGUGUAUAAUAUACAAGUAUAGUUAAAAUGGAUUUAAAAAACCAUAAUAAUAAAAAUGUACAAAUCUAAUAAAAACAUUUCACUUAGGAUAACCUUGUGUUAGGAAAAUAUACAUACUUAAACAAAUUUAUUUACAUUCUUAGGCUAUGGCUAAAAAUAAAACAUUUUUUAAGACGAUCAGUCUUGCACCAUCAGUCUUGCACACUGGCACGUUAAACUUUUUAUUGGUGCACAGCUGCCUAUGGUGCUCAGCUUUAGGUGGGAGCAGACCUGCGAGCUUGUGAUUAAUGUCAAGAACAAUGUCGUUAAAAAGAUCAGACGACAGAGACGCUCGCCUGUCAUAAAGAGAGGGGAUGCCUGCCUCUUUGGGCGCGCUGAACUUAAUAUCUAUUUAGGUCCAACCAAAUGAUAUACACUGUAAGUUCGACGGUUGAUUCAGACGUCAAACUUAAUUAGUUGGACUCCAUUCAUUUUCAUGAUGUUUGAUGGUCUAAAAUGCUUACAAAUGAAAAUAUAUUUUAAUUUCGUAAUAAAUGAAAUUAUAUUUUAUGCAUUACAUGUAUGCUCGGCACAUGAGAAGUUUGACGUUUUAAGCGAAGUCGCCCCACAGUCAAAAUUCCCAUGUGGGCCACUCGAUCUUAAUUCAUGGGUCGACCCAAAUUAGAUAUUUUGAACUUAAUUGAUUCAAACGUCGAUCUUUUCAGACAUGUACUUAAUUGAAGAGAUUAGGUUUGGUUCAUGAGAAAGAUCAGCGUUUGAACAGGGCCUUAGUUAUUUCCCAGGUGGAGCCGAGAGAAAUAUUGAAAUUCAAGGGAAACAAUUUUAAAAUUAACUCCCAUGCGACCAGUCAUUAAAAUAAUAAUUUGUUAUUAGAGCCCUUGAAGGAGAACUUCUAUUUUGACGAAUAUGUAUCAAAUCACAGCAAAUGGUCUGACAACAUUCCCGGGUAACAGGACUCCCCUCCCUCUGGCGUCAUAGAUUUUUCCAUGUUGCCUGCUUAGGAACAUUUGGCAGGAAACUAAAUUACAAUUAUUUAUAGAGAUGGCAUAUAGCGUCAAAGUAGCCAGUGAGAAUGUAACAAUAGCAGCCUUCAUUUAAUUGGUUACCACAUUAUAAUAUUUUCUGUGAUCUAAGGCUGUGUAUUACUUGCCUGUAAACAAGGAAAGACAUCAGCCAUGGCUCUGUAAUCUGAUAAAUAUAUAAUAUAUUUUUUAUGUUAUCAGCAUUCAAAGAAAGUCAUUUCCGAUAGCCUCAGCUACAAAGGGCAAUCUGUAAAACUGACUUUCCUUGGGAUGUAGUAAGAUGCUGAAACUGCUGUUUUGAUUUUUAUUAUUUUAUUUCAUUAUCUUUGCAAUAACAAGAAAUAUUAUAAUAAUUAUGUGAGUCAUGGAGUGAGUCAGUGGUAAUUUCUGUAAGAAUAACAAGGCUGUUGCAAAAGCACUCUUCUUCUUCUCUGAUACUUAGCCUAGUUUAUAUUAUUUUAUUAUCAUCAUUGCAUUGAAUAGCUUUCUUGUUCUGACUUUCCAGGGUUAUUUUAACACACUGCGCAUGGAGGUUAAUGAGCACGAUAUUGGAGUGACUUUAGUCUGCCCAGGACCGGUACAAACAGAUGUCGUGGCAAAUGCUUUCACUGAAGAUGUAAACAAGGUACAUGACACAUGCUCAGUGCGUUCAACUCUUAAUAAACAUCUCUGGAAGACAAACUCCUUGGACAUAAGAGUUUGGGUGCAAAUGUACUCAUUGCAGUUUUUAACUGUAUGUUAAAGGGGCUAUGUCACAAGAAUAUUUCUGUUUUAAAUCAAUUCUGUGCUGAUUCCUGAAGUGCUGAAGGUUAUUAUUAUUAUUAAUGCUCCUGUAGAGUUAUGAAGAAGUUUAUCAAACAAAUUUCAUCAGUGAGCGCUAACCAUAAUACUUUUUUUGGUGAUUUUUUCAGGCAUAGCAUAACUAAAACUUGAAAAAGUUGGAAAUUAAGCUUCAGUCUAUGUCCAUCCUCGUCAACCCUUGAAACAGACGACAGGAAACAGUUUCAGUGCCUAAAUUAAUGUAGUCUUAAAUAACAAAACUGGAAAAUUAUUAAUUUUUUGGAUAUUCAGUUGACAUGGAGACAAGUUUUAGUUUUUUAAGAAGAUAGGAAAUGGCGUGACAUAACCUCUUUAAUGCUUUAUUCUAUUUAUUUAUUUUCUUUAUCAUUGCUUGGUGUUUUCUUUUUUUGUACAAUGCUGUGGGCUGUCCAAACUACCAGUAUAAUGAUUUAUAACGGUACAUUUUUAAGUUUUAUUUUUCCCUUUUGUUGUCUUUUUUGGCAGCAAUUCAAGGAGAAGGCUGUUGUUCAACACGACAGUAAGAGAAUGCCUCCAGAGAGGUGUACCCGUCUCAUGGCUGUAGCAAUGGCUAACAGGCUUGAUGAAGUGUGGAUUUCUCUCAACCCGAUCUUGCUGUUUGUUUACAUCAGCCAAUACUGUCCUGUUCUUUAUGACUGGUAGGUGAAAAAAAUUAAUGUGUGAAUUCACCCCCUUAACACUCACAUACACACCACCACCACCACCACCACCACAAUCAAGAAACUGGUUGAGCCUGAUCAAUGCAAAUGAAAUCUGUUUUUAUUAGGUUUGCCAAGCGUGUUGGUAUGAAGCAAGUCAGAAGAAUGAGAGAAGAAACAGAAUCAAGGUACUUAAAUACCAUAAACAUGACUCCUUUGGCCAAUUAAAAAAAUCAGAACUUUCAAAAGUUGCUCCCCCCGGCUCUAAUUUUUGUAACCUGAAAUGGAGAUACUCUGCAGAAAUUUAGCGUACAUAAAAUUGAAAACCUUGUCUGUCAUUUUUUUGUGAUGGAUGGCACUAGGACUGAUAAUGUGACAAAAUUGCUUUAUUGGUCAUGUGCAGUAUUAAUCUAAACCGCAAAGUAGGAUUUGAAAGAGUAAUGGUUUAAGAGAAAAACUAAACUGAAUGUUAAGUCUAUUGCCAGUUAAGUCAGAGAUAAUGGAAAAGUUUGGACAUUUUGGCCAAUUUUUAUCACUUUUUCCCGGCCUUAUUUUAUAGGGGAGAACCCCCCCCCCCCCCCCACACACACACACACACACACACAUCCACAGUAUCUUUAACACUAGGGCAAAAGCCUAACUAGGGAACAUUUGGUGGUGCAAUGGCAGACAUGGAUCCACACCAGUUUCCAUAAUAAAUAAUAAUAAAUAUAUUUUUGAUGGUAAAAAAACAUUCCCAUGUUGAAAUCUUAUUCUCUCUUGUUUGUAUCCACUACAAUAUGGAAAUCAGACCUUGAUAAAAUAAUCCGCCAAUUGACAAGGCUUCGUGAAUGAAUGAAUGAAACUGGCCAAUAUCCUGUCUGAAUGACUCAGAAACCCAGGAAAGGGGACUUUUGGGGGUUUAUCUUUGUUUUUCUCCUGUCUCCUUAAAAAACAACAUUUCCAAAUUCUAAUUUGAUCAGGAAUAUGAGAGACAUAGAACCAGUACUUCAUGUACCACUGAAUCAUUAUUUUAUUCAUUUAUUUUAAAACUUGUUCUGUGGUCUAUAUUUUUCAGGAAAAAAGAAUGACGAAGAACCGGUGGAUUUUUCUCCACGAGCGAGUGCAUCUUAAUGUUGUAAUUUUUAUUAAUAUGACAAAGACCAUAAAUAUUAAUAAUAAUAAAUUGCUAACAGGCACAGAAUCAUUCAUGAGACAUUUUAUUUUGGGUAAUUAAAAAUUGUUUCUGUGAGAGGCCAGGCAUUCUUUUGGACCAGAGAGAACCUGACGGUAUUUUUCUUAAAUUAAUAAUUUAUUAAUCUGAUUGGUAUGUAAAAAGAACUGCUAAUAAAUUGUAAAAUGUAAACCAUUAGUGCGUUGUGUUUGCAUUGUUUAAAAAUAUUAAGGGAAAUGGUAAUAAAUUUGUCAGCGUGCGAUACCGUUUUGGUAGAAUUAGUGAACUUACGCAACAGGACGGGAGGGGAAAGAAGACGGAAGACCUUGCGUGACAAACGUGACGUAAUUUUGUUAGAACAAACUUUCCACCAAACUUCACCUUUCUUUUUAAAAACAGGUAUGUUUGUAAUAAGACCAGAAAACUUAAUGUUGAGUGAUGAUCACGGCAAAACACGCAAGUAAUAGCCCUGUCAUGUUUGUCACACACGAGAGUUUUGCCGUCCUCUUCUCUCUCCCGUCCCGUUGUGUAAACUCACUAUUAUUGGCGCUCUGUUCUGAACAACUUUAUUACGCAAUUCAAGAUCUCUUCCCUGGACUAUCCUCUGCAUCCCCCAUCCUUUCACAUGGCCAUAUCUCCGAGGAGCUUUAGUGCUUGCGUCAGGGGUUUUCAUGAACUUAUAAAAGGGAUUCCAAAAGCUGAGCGCUGGAAUCUGCUGUAUGUGUGUGACGCGUGUCUGUUGUGUUCGCCACAUGUGGAGGACACGCGCACGUUCUUGUUCGUUCCCAGUCUCCUUCUGAAUUAUCCCCCACUGUUUUUCAAUUGGAGAUAAACCUCGUGACAGGCAGAUCUUCUGGUGAGGAAAACUCUUAUUUUUAUUUAUAUAUUAAUUUAUUUUCUUGUCUUUGUGUCGUGUUAUCCAGAUUUAGAAGAUUUACGGCUCUCCAUCCAAAUUAAUUGCAGAAUUUUGGGAAAAAAAUAGAGUGUAUAGUUCCCAGGCAGAGAACAUGGCCGCCGCGCGUGAUCGGUGAUGUGUACUGUUAAUAAGUAAGCUAAAAUGCCUUGGUAAAUGACCCCAUUUAACUUUUUACUCGAGUUGGAGUUUUUAAAACAUCAACAGAUACUUCAAAUACUAGGGCAUUGCCUUGCCUUAUUUUUGUUCAAUGUUAAUAUGCCUAGUUGUCCCUCACCUUGGAGGAGGGUGUGUGCGUGGGGUGAGGGUACUCGACCAAUAUUUGGGUAUGGCAAUGUCCUCAAUUUUAUUGCCAUGUUUGGGACAAACAACAAAAUCCACACUGUCUUGUUUUAAAGCCAUUUAUUGUAUGACAAAAUUAUUGCAGGAGAUCAAAUUUAUGUUACAGUCAUUGAUUUACUUUUGAAAACUUGGAGCAAAUUUCAUCAAGCAAAUCAAAUCAAUCAUGUACUGUAUGCAAUACCCUGUUUAUAACUGAGGACAGACCUGCACAAAAUUAUAUACCCUGUUUAGGACAAAUUUUUGCGAAAUAGUAUACCCUGUUUGAGACAGAGGACAAAAACCAUUGCUGCAUAUACCAUAUAAAGGAUUACACCCCCAGGUCCCCAAACAACAUCUGCAGAAAUUCUGAAAGUUUAUCCCUUGAGGGGUGUAAAAUGGUUCCUCAAGAAAGCUGUGUCUUGAAAAAUUUUGGUCCAUUCUCUAAUCUUGGACGCUCUUUUUAUGGGUCUCUAAGUCUCAUUUUUGGGUGAUUUUACAUGUUGAAGCCUGAUCAAAUGUUAAUUUGUAAGUCUCAGUCUAUUUGGAAACCAGGGUCUCGCAUUCUCGCAAAGUCUCGAAUAUACUAUUCUAUACCCCUUCCUAAUGUAAAUCUAGGCUGCAGAAGGCCUCGUUAAGCAGAGGUUUACAACUUUGUCACACACACAGCGUACAGAUCAUGGCACCAGGAAAAUCAGGUGGCUAAUGUUCCUAUCAAGAAAUAUCAACUCAACCAUUGUUUUGACUGUUUUGCAGCCAUUUUGGCAAAUAUCAAGAAAUGCUUUCACAGGGUCCAGAGGAGUUUCAUGUGAAUAAAUGAAUUACUUAUUUAAAGUCUCACCUUGAAAUAUGUCUAUACCUGUCGCUUAGCACGAUUAAUUAGCCCAAUGGGAUCUUUAUAAAUCUAUACUGUAAACGAUUUCUUUGCUUCUUUAUCUGACCCAGAUCGACUUUUGAAAAUCAAUAACUGCAAGCAACCCAUUUUUUCAGAGGUUAUCGACGGGUUUUGAUGUUGUAACGACAAACACAUCUCCUCAGCUGGACCCUGUGAUGCUUUUGGCAAAUUUAGACAUUUCAGGAGCAAAAGUGUUUUAUGGAGAACACUGAAGCAAUUUGGACCACCCGCAUCUUCAAAAUAAGAUCUAGAGUGAAAAUGGAGAUUUGCCUCUGCGAUGAUUGUCUUUGCAUUAUAUCUUCAAUCUGCGCUUCAAAUAUUUGAAGUUCUUCAUCACUUCAUCUUCAUUUUUCUUCCUGGGUAUACUCAAUUCAUGGUUAAGGCUGCAUGGGUCCAAAGUGACAGGGAUGAUCCGAUGAUAUUUUCUGGGUUUGAAAUUUUCGAUUCUGGGAUAAUUUCUUUUUGGUAGGAAAAUUUGGGCAAGUUUUGUUUGGGCUAGUUUUAUUUAUUAAAUUAGGGAUUUUUGUGGGUAUUCAAAACAAUCUGAGGAUUUGUGAUAGUUCCCUUGUAUCCCGGCCUCGUAGUUGUACAAAUAAAGUACAACCAAACUUGUUUUGCGAUUGUUUAAAUUUUCAGCGCAUUGCAAAACAAACACAAACAUUCCAUUGCUAAUGUUCCUAUUUUUCAUGUUAUGUCAUUUAAUGCUUUCUGGAAAUUUUUAUGGCCCAGAAAUUUGGCAUGGGAUUUUUUGGCAGUUAAAUUUAGGGCCAGGGAUUUUUUGGGGUUUUGACUUUUGCCCCCAUUUGAUCAUACCUGUCACGUAAAAUCUGGAUUAUCCCCCCUGGGGCAUGGGUAUCACACAUGUCAGGGUUUGAAUCUUGGCAAGCCUGUAAAUUGUUUUAUUCUAGUUUCUUUUUCCAACUGCAUAUACAAUGUAGUUGCAUCAGUUUUUUUAACUUCAUAAUGAUCUUCUUUGCAUUUAUAAGAGUAUACUGUUGUUCGUGUUUUGUGGUGUUCAUUUGUAUCAUAGACUAUGUUGUACACUGUUAACCGUACACCUUUGGUGUGGAUACCAGUACGUGAUGGGACCAAACUAGCUGCUAAGCUUUGGAUUCCUGGAGAUCUGGUUGAUAAAAGUACAGUAGCAGCUAAUGAAGUUACAAAAUACCCAGCUAUUUUAGGUAAGAAUCAGAAUUCUUUAUCUUUCCGAUAACUGAUGCCUAGUAGGUGGCUUUGUGAGAAAUGAAUUCAUAACCUUUUCUUGCUGAGCUGCCUCUAGCCUCCCAGUCACAGUCGUUCAGUUUUAAGGGCUUUUAACACCUUAUUAGUAGCAUUGUGGGAAGGAAGGUAAUAUGACUCCCCUAAAAUUGACUGCCUCUUCAGUCUGAGGACUCAGAGCUUGUCACCUUGUUGUGGUGGUCAAGCUUGCAUGAUCCUAAGACCUGUAUGGGAGCUCUGGGACCAUAACAGAGCCAUGGCUUUUCCUCCUGAUUGGUCCAAUCAAAGGCAGGAGGCUAGAAUAUGGACAGUCCCCUGGUCUUCCAAGUUGAGGGUUCAUCAUUGGACCAAUCACCCCUUGCACAUUGCAAAAACCCACUGGAUCAUGGCUUUCCUGGGGAAAAAUGAUGUGAUAACAGUGAUGGUAAUUAUGAAAAUUGACUGCAUGUUAGGCUAAGCUGUCACUGGCUAUGCUAGCCUCCCCUACUAUUGUUCUCCCAGACAUAUGGGAUUUGUUCACAUUUAUACACAAUUUAUGCAUUAUUUGCAGAAUACCUUCCAUAUCGUCGCACUGACUGGACGGCUCAGAGAGAUGAAAAAAUCCAUUCAUAUUUCUGUGCCCAUGGUUAUGUGUGUGUGCGUGUGGACAUGCGUGGAACUGGUGAUUCUGAGGGGUAUUAUUAUGAUGAAUAUGAAAAACAAGAACAGGAGGACUGUUGUGAUGUCAUAAGCUGGAUUUCUCGUCAAGACUGGUGUACAGGAAAUGUUGGUAAUUAAUUUAAAAUUGUCACCUUCUUGUUUUCAGGGUGACUCCCCUUUAUAUUGAUUUGUAAAUUCUUAGUGUUUUAGACCCCAUUUACACUGGUCAGUACAAAUUUUUUUAAGGGACAAAAAUUUGCAAGGAUCUGCCUUUCGUUUACAUGGGACCUGCGGAACUGUGUAAGUUUUUUAACAGCUUCGUGUAAACGGUUUGUCUGCAGUUAUUGUUUGGGCCAAAAUUUGGUUUAUAUAGACUGCAUACCCGGUCUUCUCAAUGCACGAAUGCAUGACUCAUCUAUGCAGCUGUUUUGCAGGGCAGGACUACAUUAUUUGAAAUGAUUUUUGUUUUUUUCCAGGUAUGUACGGUAAAAGCUGGGGAGGAUUCAAUGGCCUUCAGGUGGCUGCAACUCGACCCCCUGCCUUAAAAACAAUCAUUUCCACUUACUCCAGCGAUGAUCGUUAUGCUGAUGACGUACACUGUCGAAGUGGGUGUGUUCUAGGGAGAGAGAUGCCAUCAUGGGCGCACAUAAUGUUCCUCUGGAAUGCGCGCCCUCCCCACCCAGAGAGCCUGGGUUCGAAGUACGGGUGUUUUCUUUUUUCCUAGCUUUUGUCUAGCCUGUUCCGAGCUCACAAGUUCUGGACGCAUAUGGAACAGGUCUGGCAUUGUCUAGCAAUUAAAUUACAACGGGAGUUAUUUAAGUCAAGCUGCUUCAAUCUUACAGCUCCGAAAAAUGUAAACGAUUAUUGUGAAAAAGCUAGGGCAAAACUCGUGAAAACUGGAGAAGGGCCUAUGCAAGCUCUGGAACUACUUUUCCCUAAAAAUUACUAUUUUUUCUGCAAAGGAAUGUUAAGAGUGUAAAUCAAAUUGCUUUCUCUGCGAUGCAGAACAGAAACUGAACAAUUUGUAUGAGAGAUGGGAAGUGAAGAUUUCCUUUGUAUACGGGAUUGGCUAAAGUAGAAAAGUAGAAAAAUUCUUCUUAAUUCUAAUAAGCAGCGAUAAUCAAAAUCUAAGUAGACGUAGCAGCAUACGUUUGUGUGUCAAAGCACGUCUAUUUCUUUAGCAUGAAACUUCUUGCGCGAGAAGUACAACAAGGGCACGCAACGAGAAUAUAGUUCAAAACCACUUAGACAUAGCAUUGUUAGACGUAUUUUAGUAUUUAAACGGUAGAUAUAGGCAUAUUUUUAUCCCCUAAAAGUUUUUCAUCUGUUCGGAUUUCCUAGCUGAAAGCCUAGUGAUCCGAAAAUUAUAGGGAUCAAAACUUACCUUUUCGAAAAUUUCAGCCGGGAAAAAGGCUUCCGAAAAUUCUAGGUGACCUUUUUAAGGUAAAAAUCCGUUGAAAAUGGGCAAUUAUACCAUUUUUUGGAAGUUCGAAAAUCCUAGGAGAGGCAGGCAAGCAAGAAAUUUUACAACAAAUAUUCCGAAAAUUCUAGAUCUCAAAUCGUCUUCCGAACAGUUAUUUUCCGAAAAUUGACGUUGGGUGCCCUUGAGUGCAAGUGGCCUCCAAGUAGCAACAGGCGCUACGAAACGUCUUUCCAUGAAAAAUUUCAUUUUAUUUCUCCAUCGGUGUAACUCUUUGUUUUCUUUAAUUUGAUUAGGUGGAAAGAAGUAUGGCUAGAUCGCCUGAGCAAAUCCAGUGAACCUUGGAUUCACAAGUGGAUGUCAUACCAGGUCAGCGUGCGCCAAAACCUGUGUCCGAUUUUCCGGGACAGGUAGAAAUUUAGUUCGGACAUGUAAACCUUUGACGAGACUUGUACAUGGGACAAGCUCAUUUCUAAUAAGAAAAAAUACAGCAACAGUUGAAAAUUGACUUCAAAUUACAGUAGAAUUAAAAAUUAUGUUAUUAGUCAUAAAAGUAAACCUCAUGCUGGACGAAAUAAGGUUCAAUAUUCCUUUUAAGUUCACCAUUCUGCGGCCAUUUUAUUUGUUUUUACGACCUCCGAUUGGCUCAGGAAUCUGGCAUACAGUCCUGUUAACGACGUUAGUCGGGUCAUUCCUGGCGUAAGAUUGUGCAUGAUAUCAUGAUAUUAUAUUUAGGUUUAAGUCAAGAACAAUUUAAAGGACUAAUAAUGUGAUUAAACGCAUUAAAUGCCCGAUUGUUUUUGAGUUUCGAGUUUUGAGCAAAACGUUUUGGACAAGAACUCUUUGGUUUCGGACAACAAAAUUUAAUAUAGUGCUUGUCCGAAGGACAAGUGGAUAAGAAAAUUUUUCUCGUACUCUGCAGGUGCGUGACUCCUACUGGCAGCACGGCUCCAUCUGUGAAGAUUAUUCCUCCAUCGCUUGCCCGGUAUUUCUGAUUGGCGGUUUUACGGAUCUUUACACAGAUAGUGUUUUUCGUAUGCUGGAACAUCUAAAGUGUCCAAUACGUGCGCUAAUUGGCCCAUGGUCCCAUGAAUGGCCCAUGGACUCCUCGCCAGGGCCUAGGAUAAACCACUUAAAAGAGUGCCUCAGAUGGUGGGACUGCCAUUUAAAGGGCUUGUCCACUGGUAUCAUGGAUGAGCCUGCUUUGCGGCUGUUUUUGAGGGAUGGUAUGUGUUGCAAGAGGGUCAAGCUAACUGUAGUUAGGUUAAAUUCUAAUUGCCAUUUAGUGAUAACAUUUCAUAAUAGACUUACUUCCACGUUUUUUUUAACUUUUGACCCAGACCGGUUAGCGAAAAUCCAUAAACGCAGCUGGAAGAAAGCGCUUUAAUUUCAGUGGAGUUGCCAAGUUUUUAAAGUGAUUUGUUGAAAAAAUAACCAAGAUAUUAAUAGCUCCGCGAAGUUGCAGAAUUUUACAUGCGUUUGUAUGGUUGGGGGGCAAUUUCGUGCCCACCACCAUACAAAUGUAACUAGAGACCCUUUAAUUCUAAGGCGAGUACGACUACGAGUACAAGAUUUAUGUAGUGCGCAUGCACGAGCGUGAGCCAGUGUCAUUUUGGAGGGAAAACGUGGUAGCCGUCGUCAUUCUACUACGAGUUUUCGCGCGAAUGUCGUGGUGGCGAAAACAAGAUAUCAAAUGUUAGAAGUUUUGUCAUUUUGCGAUCGGGAGAGGAAGUAACCUCCUUCACUCAAGAUAACAAUGCUAACUUUUCUAGCGUACAAUAGUAAAAUGAAGCUUACUGGGAAGUCUAUAUUUUGAGAACGCGCGAAAAAACUUCAAGUCAAAUCUUGUACUCGUGGUCGUCCUCGUCCUCGAAUCUAAAGGUCUCUACUAUGUAAAAUAUGGUGACUUUAGGAGCAAUAUCUUUAAAUUAAUUUAAAUUUUGGUUGUUUGUCUUAAUGGGUCUUAAUAUGAUCUUCGUAGUCCUUAACGGGUCAGGGAAAUUUUGAGAAAUACCUUGAAUGCAGGCUGGUUCCCUUUAAUUUUCCGACGAAAUGCUUUUCCCGUUUCAUAUGGGAGUACACACCCCGUUUCGGGAUAAUCACUAUCAGUGAAUAAUUUCAAUUGUCAAAUAUUGUACUUUUGUACUGCAUGUUCUGUUAACAGGCAUUUCAAAUGCACACAAGGAAGACGUUUGGCCGGGCCAGUGGAUAGCAGAAGAUAACUGGCCCUCAUCAAAUGUACUACUACAAGAACUUACUCUUCACGAAGACAGACGUUUGGCACCCGAAUCGGAGGGCAGAGAAAAAAAUGUACUCAACGAAUCUGAAACUAAGGUGAUUAUUAAGACCUCCUUUCUAAGUGGGUCGUGGUGUGGUCUCCCCUUAGCGUUCAGCCUUGAAGAGCUUCCAGUGGAUCAACGCCUCGAGGACGCUUUGUCUGAGUGCUGGGAGACAGCAACGCUUAAAGAGCCUGUCUCAGUGGUGGGAUUUCCCGAGGUUCAUUUACAAUUGAGUUGUGAUAGACCCUGUGCAUUGGUGGCUGCGAGAUUGUGCGAUGUGUUCCCGAAUGGCGAGUCCUCCCUCAUCUCAAGAGGUACAAUCUGCAUCAUGUCCACUUGAAUUAAACACUCAACUUAUCCUUAGCAAUUUUUUACCAUACCAAGCAAUUCACAUCUGAAUGGUUGCUCUAGUUCCUUCCUCGAGUAUCGGUUGCUAGGCAACUCACUCUACCUUGGUAAUGUGACUAGAUAGAGGUGUGGCUAAUAACCAGCUGCGAGCAGAGUGGCGCUUCGGUGUCGUCUAGAUAAGUCGACUUACCUGGGAAAGUUCGAAGCGCUGUUCUGUUCGUAAGGUAGUUUUGAAGAUACCAAAAAGAUACCAACAAAAAACGGUAUUCUCUUGAAUAUUAGGGACCUUUAGAUUCUACGACGAGAACGAAAACGAGUACGAGAUCUGACUUAUUGUUUAUUUGUUUGUUUUUUUUUCGCGUAUUCUCAAAAAAAAAAGAGACACCCUAAAAAGUUACAUUGUACCUUUUUUUUUCCACCAAAAAGUUAGCACUGUUAUCGUUAUUGGUGAAAGAGGUUAAGCCCCCCCGAUCUAACAUUUGAUAACCUGUUUCCGUCAAUACGACAUUAGUGAGCUUACGCAACAGGACGGGAGAGGAAAGAAGACGGCAAACCUUGUGUGACAAGCGUGACAAUAAUUUUUCUGGAAAAACAUUUCCGCCGAACUGCACCCUCCUUUAAACAGCUCUUUUUGUAAAAGACCAGAAAACAUUAACUUAAGUGAAGAUCACAACAAAACACGCAAGGAAUAGCACUGUCACACACAAGCGUUUUGCAGUCGUCUUCUUUCUGCCGUCCUGUUGCGUAAACUCACUAAUAUCGGUUAAAGUCGUAGUAGAAUGACGACGGCUACCACGUUUUCCCGCCAAAAUGACGCUGGUUCACGCGCGUGCACUACUUAGGACUGAGAAAAUCUCGUACUCAUAGUCGUCCUCGCCUUAGAAUCUAAAGUUCUCUAUCGAAUGCACAACAAACAAAUUUGCGCGGAAAAUCUUUUUCUUAUGGGGACAAGCGACGCGAGGUGUGCGUGUGUGGGAGCGGGUGGGGUGGAAGGGUCUGAAGAAGAAAUCAUCUUGUGAGAGGUGCUCUUUCGUUCAUCCUCGAGUUUUUUCCACGUGACGAAACCAAAGGAAAGAUUACGUCAUGACCAAAGAGAUUCUUGCUUUGAGGAAUUUGUAGUUUUUCGUUUCCCCAGUAUGCGGCAGCAGAGCUUCUUCAAAGACUGACCGGUGAAUUUAAAUAUAUUCCCAUCUUUUCUUUUUUCCCUAGGGGUGUUAAACUUGACGCAUCUACGAGGACAUUCACCUGAAGAAGUUAAACCCGUACCAACUCAUGAAAUCUUCACAGCACGAUUGAAACUGGAUUCCACCGCCUAUAGAGUCGCCGCUGGACAUAAAAUACGGCUAGCACUCUCAUCGGUCUAUUGGCCGUUUGUCUGGCCUUCGCCUCAUGUGACCUGUCUCUCUGUACAUACAGGAAGUAAAAGUAAGCUGCUGCUUCCGGUUCGAGUAUCAAAUGAAGAAGUCAACGAGAGGGACUCUCAGUUAGGGGAGUUUGAAUCUUCUGAUGCAUGUAAGCGUUUCACCUUGCCUGUUGAAUGGAGGAGAAAACCUCGAAAAGCAAGGUAUGUCAAUUACGGUGCCCUUAAAGGGACAACUUCACGGUUUAACACAUGUUCGUUGAUCAAAAUGCUGUUUUUUCUGCCAGGACAUGCUGUAUCGUCUAUGAAAACAAAAUGAUCAUGUCGUAAUGUUGUCAAAGAACCAAUCUGCACACUCCCCUGGCAGUUACUUGAUUAACGUAGGUGCAAAUGGCUGUAAAUUAAUCAACCAUGGAUUAAAACCUUCAGGUCAACAAUGAAUUCAACGUUGGUAGUGUUGGCAUAAUGCACUAAUUUUUCUGCGAUUUUAGUACUCCUCCAUCCCACUUCAGGUUACUCUGAAGUAUACUUCUACUUUGAAAUACACUCUGAGAUCGCUGAGAUACAUGUCGAAAAAAUUAAUUUAAUAAAAAGUAAUUUAACCUGUCCCUGUAAUGUUGCCAAUGUUAGAUCAAAGUACAGUAGUUAGGUAGUAGUUGUUUUUACUUUCUCAAACAUUUGCUCGCAAAUAGGCAGGGUAUUUUUUACCUCCUAACGAGGGAGUUUCGGCCUGAUUAAUGGAUUUGACCCCUGGCCACGUUAGCGAAUAAACACAAGUUCAAUCCGUUACUACUGAAGAGUGCACUGUAUCGAAUUGGAACGGCUCUUUGAUUGGUUUCGAGGGCGUUUGACCUUCGAUUAAGUGUCAAUUUAGUCAGUGUAACGGUUACACCCAUCUGCCUCCUUAUUUGAUGAUAGUUUAUGUCCCCAACAAUUUCACCUGAACAUAAAAAGUUAAAAAAGGGAGGUAUCUUGAGAGGUUUUUUUCAAUCUCCAAAAUCGCUUUCCUUCUAUUGUCCUCGUAGGAACCUGGAUAUUGGCUUUCUGUCUGACGAAUAUAAACUCACGGUAACCUUGGAUGCUGGGUGCGUUGUGCUAAAAGACACCAACACGGUAUAUGAUGAGACACGCACUGAAAUACACACAGUCAAAGAAGGCCAACCAAUCACGGCUAAGGUCGCCAUUCAUAGCCAGGUUACUAUGAAAAGAGAGGAUGAGACUGCUGAUCAAAGUAACAGUGGGCGUAACCCAUGGAACACAAGACUCGACGCUUCCAGUGAGAUGUGGGCGGAUGAGCAGUUUUUUUAUUUUGAAAAUCGUUUAACAGCUUGGCAUUGUAGUGAAGAGUGUUUUGAUAGAAAAUGGACGAAGAAAAUAGAGCGAUUCCAUGUUUAAUACAUAUUUUUUUUAGAAUCCUGAUACUUACAUUAAUUUUUGGAAGGAUUUUAAUAAAUAAUGGUUUGAAUUUUUGCCGGGAAAAUAUAGUCUUUGAAAUUAACAUCUCAGAGCCAUUUUCAAGUUCGAACAAAGUUAACCGAAGAUCGUCAUCAUUUAAAUUAUUUCCAUCCGUUGAGUUCUUUCCAUGUCAACUUCUGCGUCCAACUUCGCCCGUUGAUCGCUUGUUCAACCUGUACCUCUACAUCUUCCCAAGUUUUACUGUUGUAUUCCGGGAUUCCAUUUAUACGAAAAUUAUUUCUCCGCCUUUGUACUCUAUCUUCUAAGAAUGUGAUGCGAAAUCUUUGCUAGUUUC